UUCAAACUUUGACACAAGAUAUUGUGUUACAUAUUUAAAAGUUAGACAAAAUUAUUUGCACUACGGUCGGGACCAAUCUUCUACUGAUAAGCGAUUAGGUCAUUCACGGUGUGACGUGUUUGUAAACUACGUACAAGCCGGAACAGUAUUGAAGUAUGCGGAUAUUAUUUUUGACUUUCUUGUUUACUGGUCGAUUUGCCGUCGGUUCGUCGGUACCCCCGGUGGACAAUGUGCUGUUUGAUGUGUUAGAGUCGGUUGAAAAGGCAUUGAAGUUUUUUUCGGAUGAUUACAGUGCUAUAAAUGUAGACGGAUUGUUUGGUUUAAGACUUGGACAAGGACAACUGCGAGAGGCUAUCCGUGAGUGCAAACUACGAUCAUGCGACAAUAACGUAUACAAGAAAAUGUUGAAGCUAGAAAAGGAACUUGACAAGGCAGCAAACGCAGCUCUACCUUACGUGGAGAGUGCAGAUGCCGCAUACUAUGAAAGGUUCUUGGCCACCAUUGACAAACCAUACAUCAUGCCCUAUGAGUCAGCCAUGUUUGGUGAAAUCAGGCCACAGACUGGUUACAAUUCACAUUACAACGAAGAGAAAGGAGAUGCGUGUUAUGCGCGCAUGCUCGGUACUUACGAGGAAAAUGGGAGAACGUUGCCACGUUGUAAUAUCACACGUGACUGUCUCGACUACAUGACAACCGAGGCGACGUCAGAGUACUUUAUCACACAUCAGUUAUUAUACUUUAUAAUGGUGGAACAUGUUGGGUGUAAGGACAAAUUUGACGAGUUUACAGGGGGACAUAAGCUGCGUGGAAUACAACACAACUUUUGUUCAAAGAUCUACGAGGAAUCGAAAAAACUUUCCCAUACCGGAGAUGUCGGACAAUUUAGGAGAGAUCUUUUCUUAGAACAAACCGUUUUGUGCGGACCUCUGGGAUUUGAAGAUUUCAUGAGACCCGACUGGAUGGAAAUGGUUCUUUCCUGGCCGGACAAGCGUCUAGGAUGCUUCAAAACAAACCCCUACAAAGCUUUAUCUUACUUACUAAAUCAAUCAGCGAAAGAAGACAAACUCAAAGAGGAAUUAUCUAAAGGCAAGAAUCCUCUACAUAAGCAAAAAGUCCAGCACAGACCUGAAAGAUCUGACGGAGGUACAAUGAGAAAAUUACUCAGGGAGAAAGAAAUGAAAGACGGCUGUUUAUCGCACACUUCCGGUCUAGGUUUCGGCGUUCUGUGUACAUACCUCCGGUAUCUAGUCAGAUAUACACCAAUGCAUAUGCUAUAAAAACAUAUCGUAUAUUUACAUAUACACAAUUACAUGCAUAUAAUGUAUACGUACAUGUGUAAAUGACAAUAUCAAUUAUGUAUAGUUAUAAAAUGCUAUAUUAAAAACAAUUUUAUGAAAAAAUA